GUGUGACCGUGUGGGCAGUUUGGAGAGAAUGCACCGACGAAGGGAGAGCCUCCUACUUUUUGGUUUCGUGUGAGCUUUCUUUUCUUUCUCGCUCUUGCAUUGCUAUGCUUGUUUUACAGUUCGUAGUUUGUACCGUAAAAGAAGAUGAGUUUCGGAGUAAUUCUACCCGUCAUCCAUCAAGUCUCCCUCCCCAUCUGACGUGGCAUAGUCCACGUCAGGCCUUUUUUAAAAAAUUAAAAUCCUGCGUUUAUUCGAAGUUCGAAUACGGCUUCAAUUCAAUUUCUCCCAAAAUAUUUUUUGUCCCCAAAAGCUUUCCGCCUUUCCCUCCUCCCUCCCUCCACCCCACCCCACCGACAGCCACCCACCAGCUACCACCGCCACCGGUUCGUCCAUCUCCGGCCUCCAUCCACCGUCAAGCUCCGACCGUACAGCUCCGAGGACUCCAACGACCAUCGACCGUUCCGCCACGACUAGCCAAGCCGAAUCACCACCACCGCAGACGACCCAUACCCAUCUCCUUCUCCAUCCACGACGACCCACCUCCAUCUCUUCCCACUGUACAGAUCCGACGAGCCCAACCAUCAAAAGUGGAGGCAAACAAAGCAAGCAAGAAGUUAUUGUGGUACAACAAACAACUCAACAGGGAUUUCCGUCUCAUGGUCUUGUAAUUCUCACCAAGUAACGAUGUUUAAGAGCUUGUGAAAUAGUUGUGGAAUCUCAUUUUUUGUGGAAGUUGUGGAAUCUCAUUUUUGUGGGGUCUUCAUUUUUAUUUUAUUUUUGGUAUUUGAUGUCUAUGAUUUGCCACAUUUUUUUCAGCAACCAAGAGAGCUUGAGGUUGUGAUGUUAUGACAAUUUUAAGUAUAAGGAGGAGACCGGAGGGAAUUGAAGUUAUGGCAUUAUAACAUGUUGUCAUAUGUGGAAUUCUAUAGAUUUAGAAUUGUAUCAUUACAAGCUAGAAAUGGAUAUAUACGAAUGUAUGUUUAAUUCAGAUUUUGCUAUUCUUAUAUAUGAUAUUUCAUUGUGAA